AUAGAUACAUACUAUCAAAACAUACUAUAUUUUAGUUUGACAGAUCUUUACUCAAGACGCCAUCUUAAUUUUAGGCCAAUUGGCUAUGGGAAAACUUGGCGAAUGCCAGCAUAUUUUAUAGGUUAAAAGCUUAACACUAAAUUUAGGAGCGCUCGCAUCCAUGCCGACUAUUCGUAAAAAAACCAGAAUUGUCAUUUAUUUUGAAUUUUCAAUAUUUGUAAAUAGUAUAGGAAUAACAACUGUGUUGAGUUAUAAUAGUAAGUUAAAUGGAGAAAAUUGAACGAGAAUACUUGCUUGGCCGUUGCAAGUGUUGUUUAGACGACACUGAUCUUCAGUCUAUGUGGGAAGAACAUUUUAUAAAUGGAGAACCUGAAGUAUAUGGUGAACUGGCUAUACAAUGUUUCGGUUUGAAUUGGCACUUAGCAAAUGAUGAGGAUGUUAUUUGCAAUGCAUGCAUUGGUAGACUACGGGAUGCUGUUAACUUUAAGAAUGAGAUUAUUGCAUCGGAACAAUUAUUACUAGAAGGACUUUCAGAUAAUAUUGUAAACAAUGAUAUUGAAGUGAAAGUGGAAUGUAUUGAUGAUUCUGAAACUGAAUACCUAGAGAUAAAUACUAAUGAGAGUAAAGACUUCAAGCAAGAAUGUGAAGAAUUUACUGAUCCACAUGAAGAAUUUAGUGAUCCACAUGAAGAAUUUAGUGAUCCACAUGAAGAAUUUGAUGAGUUUGAACAAAUACCAAACCAUCCAAAAAAUUGCCGUGGCAAAGACGGAUCAGCAUCAUAUAAACAGUACACAAGACUACAACUAAGAGAUGCUCUGAAGGCUAUUUCUGACAAAAAGAUGACGAGAAGCGAAGCCGCUAAGGCCUAUAAUAUCCCACUUAGGACUCUAUGUACUAAGAUCAAUACUAAUGCAAUUAUUGAAGUCCAAGAGGAAGAAAAGUCAAAAAACAUGAAAUUCGUAGAAGAAAUUAAAACCAUACUGAAAAAUACGAAUGCUACGCCCUUUAAAACUAAAUCAGGCCGAUACUAUUGUGUUUAUUGUUCAACUGAUGGGCGUGUGUUCCAUAAGGGGUCACACCUACGGAGUCACACUGCAACUAAACAUUAUCGAGAACGGAUCACACAAGUGGAACAUUUCAUGAAACCGUACUGGUUCAACGAAGUCCUCAAACUGGAUAUACAUGAUCUUACAUGUAAAAUAUGCAAAACUAAGUUGCCAGAAUGGAACGAUAUGUUUCAACAUUUUGCUGACAUGCACAACAUUGGAUAUGAUGAAGCAUACACAAGAGUAAUCCCGUACAGAAUCACCAAGAAACUUGAAUGUGCAUUGUGCCGGAGUGAAUUUUCAGCGUACCAUGUAUUAGAUUCUCAUAUGAACGCUCAUUAUAACAAUUAUAUAUGCCAUCAAUGUGGUGAAACAUUUUUAGCCGGAUCUCGGUUGGAUAAACAUGUCCAAGUGCACAGUCGUGGUCAGUUUCCUUGUGAGGUGUGUGGUAAAGUGUUCACUGUAGAAAAAUAUCGUAUGAAGCAUUAUAAUUAUACUCAUAAAAAGAAAAAGGUAUUUAAAUGCCUGUAUUGUGUCGAGGAGUUUGAGCUGGUAAAUCAAAGACAAGAGCACAUAAUUGAGAAACACAAGGAUGUAGCCAAUUUGUAUACAUGUCAACAUUGCGGUAAGGUAUAUUAUAAGAGGCAGAAUUUUAUACGGCAUAUGCAGAGAAGGCAUAUAAGGGACAAGAAGUAUAAAUGUAAACAUUGUGACAUGAGCUUCAUAAUGAAAUAUGAACUGAACAGUCAUAUGAUCAAACAUGUGCAGGAAAAGAAAUUCUUUUGUACAGUGUGUGAUGAAGGCUUUACAAGGAAAAUAACAUUGAAAACUCAUUUGAAGCGAAUACAUAAGCAAACAAUCACAAAUUUUUAAGCAAACAAUAUAUGACCGUUCUGAGAAUAACCGUGUUGGUUUUUUGUCAUUGCUGGUUAUACUGCAUUAUCAGUUUGUGAUAAGACUGUAUUCAGUCUGUCACCAUGAUACUUGAAGAGCGCCAAUACCCAGUCGGUGGCCAGGUCACUGACUGAUCAAGUGUCUGCCAUCUUUGAAGUAUAACUUCUUUACGCACGCAUCGUGAGUAAGCUGGUGAAUGGGUGAUGUGAGCGUUACGCACGAACACUAGCGUUACACGAACGGUGAUAUCUUGAUUAUUUCGUUCUUGAACUUCUUCAGUUGUGUGGUGACUCACACUUGUCAAAAAGUGACAAAACGAGCCAGACCUUGAACUAUUGGUAUUUGACACGCCCUGCCCCUCAAGAUGCAGUGUUGAUCAGGAUUGUUGAUCGUUGUUGACGCCGGACAAGGCCGCGGCUUUAAUGCCCACGUAGCUGGGAUUUAUGCUGAGACGAUCUGCAGUUGUCUUCCUAGGGGUUUUCUAUCAUAUAUUAGGACCCAGUGGGAGGCUCCUUUGCACAGUAUGUCGGCUAGAUUAUGGGUACCACAACGGCGCCUUUGACAGUUGUGAAGCAGUAAUGUGUAAGCAUUAUUGUGUUUUGGUCUGAAGAGCGUCGUAGCUAGUGAAAUUACUGGGCAAAUGAGACUUAAUUUAACAUCUUAUGUCCCAAGGACACAGGUUAAGGUCAGGACAAGGUCUCAGAACUUUUGGGUUUUUUAAGAAUCCUGAAUGGCACUGCAUUGUAUUGGGCAGGGCGUAUCAAUUACUAUCAGCUGAUUAUCCUGCUCGUUCUGGUCGAUUUGUACAAAACAGGUAUUCACAUCCUAUAUUUUAAUAAUAACUGAAUUCACACCAAAUCACACAGAUUAACAAUCAGAAUUUAUUCAAUUAGAAUAUAUUAAAUGGUAUUAGAUCACGGCAGCCAUGAUUGUUUGUUGGAAGCAAAUAAACAGGGUCCAACCAAAAAAAAUCACAUACGUGAAAGCGAUAGCAGAUAGUGUAGUGUAUCUCGCUUACUCUCAAUUCCAACGUAAGUUAUGUGUCUCUGUCACAUUAUUAUUAUUUUAGUGACGCAUCUUUGUUUUAUUAAAAUAAGGAAAAAUACGAGCAGCACGUUCAGCUGUUGGUAAUUGAUACACCCUGCCCAUUACAAUGCAGUGCACGAUUAUUGAAAAACCCCAAAAAUUCUGAGCGGCAUUACAACUGCGGUCGUCACCUUGAGGCAUAAGUUGUCAAGUCUCCUUUGCCCAGUAAUUUCACAAGCUACAGCGCCCUUCAGACCGAAACACAGUAAUGUUUACACAUUACUGCUUCACAGCUGAAAUAGGCGCUGUUGUGGUACCCCUAAUUUAGCCGGCAUUCGGUGCACAGGAGCCUCCCACUGGUGAUGUAAUGUUCAUCGUCUAUCUACAAUGUAACUAGCCGCAGCUGUCAAUUUUAAAAUUGAGUACAGAGUACUCUUAAAUGUCCUUAAUACGUCUGAGAUACGCCGGUGCAACGUGUUAUUAUUACGAGUGGCUCGACUAGAGGAAUUUUGAUGUUUUUUUUAUUGCAAUUCAGAACUUUACUUGCAGCUGACUGUCGCCUAGCUUGACUCACUUGAGAAACGUAUCCAUAUUUUUAUGUCUGUCUUCAGUAUGCUAUCUUAUUUUACUACCGUGCAUAGACACAGUUGAUUCCAUAAACUGAAUUGUGAUCGGUUCUAAAAUGGAUAGGUUAUUUCUAGUUUUUAAUAAAUUAAUAUAAAAAAUAUUGUAUAGGUAGUAAAUAUAUAUUAAAUAAAAUGUUAUACAUAAAA